UCUGUCGCUCCCUGGGGUCGGUGCGGCAGCCUGCCGAGCGAAGGGUGAGUGAGGCGGUCUGGCGGCGCGGCCGCGCGUGCUUCCCAGAUCGCCCCGGUCCGACUUCAGCCCUCCCCGCCGCUUUGCCUCGGCCGUUGCUGCCGCAGGCAGAGCCUGUGGCGAUACCAGGUGGCCACCCCACCUGGAUGCUUCUGUCCGCCCGUCCGUCCGUCAGUCGGUUCAUUUCUUCAUGCAUUUGUCUGUCCGUCUGCUCACCCACCGCCCUAGCGUCCUUUGACUUCCCAAGCACUUACCCGGCGCCUCCUGUGUCCCAGGCAUAGGCCGCGCAGUCGGAGAAGAACUGAGGCAGUCUUUCUUCCCACUUAACGCGGCCAGAACUCGCUCUUGAGUCAGGUCUCAGCUGUUCGUCUUAACUUCCCCAGUCUAGCUAGGUUCGACCCUCACGGCCCUUUCCACUUUCCCCUGUAUAGUUCUUACCAAGACUAAGUUAUGUAAUUGUGUGUCCUUUCUGUUUAACGUCUGCCUCCCUACGAAAAUCUUAAAUUGUAUAAUGGCAAGGACACCAACUGACUUACAACUCUCUGCUCGGUGCCUCGCGCAGGGCCUGCACAAAGUAGGCAUUCUGUAAAUAUUGUUAAAGAAAUGUGUGGGAAAACACAGGACCUCCUCCACAGGGCCACUGGUGUGGUGCGGAAGGCAGUUCAGCAGACUACAUAUCUAAGAGCGUGGACUGUGGAGUCAGACCGAUUUGUUUGAGAGCAGUCCAGACUACAUCACUUCCACACCAUGGGACCUGAGAGAAAUUUUGUUUCUGUUCAGUAAAACAGUAGAACCUCGACCAUAAAGUGCUGUGAAGAGGAAGUGAACAGGUAGACUGUGCUUGAUUGUACAAUAAAAGCUCAGAGUUCUCUGUUACAACUAAGUAAGAGAACGGUGCAGGUAUAUUAAAUAACAGCCAUACUGCCGGAAGCAGUUUUGUCCAAAAAGUGUCCUGGAGGUUCUUGGGUUGCUUGGGUUAAGAGCUAGCUGGGGCCAGGUUCUCACCUCCCAGAGGGAAGGGCCAUAUUUAAGCUCAGUGCUUCCAGCCCUCCACGAUGGGUUCCCUAGACAGCUCUGUAAACAUGGAUUACUUAGAAAUACAGUUCUGGUCCCAAGCAGUCGCCUAUGGCUCCCACUGAUAAGGCUGCUUUCUCAUAUUUACACUAUGAGAAGGUGGAAGGAGCUCUUCCCUGAAGCAGCAGCACCUCCCCAGGAUUCUCUUUUGUGGGGUGAUGGAAGAAUCACAGGACCAGUGAUCAUUUUACUCAGCCUAGCUGAAGAGGUGGGCCCGUGAAAGAUGGAAGAAGGAAGAGACAAGCUUUAUGAUGGAAAAUUUCCCUUCGGCCGCAUAACAUAGAGGAGUCCCCUGAAGAAUCAGAAUUCAGAAGGAAUCUCUUAGACAAGGGAAUCCAUUCCCUUCCUGACUCAACUGGGCAGCAUUUUCAGACGGUCUCUGCCCAGAAUGUCAGGAAAAGCUGCAAGCCUGGCCUCCCAUGCUCCAAAAGAACAAGAAGGACUUAUAAUUGUGAAGGUUGAAGAAGAGAAUUGUGUUUGGGGGAAGGACCUUGGCCUUCAGGGAAACACCUGUAGCCUGGAGACCUUCCGCCAGCGUUUUAGGCAGUUUGGCUACUCUGAUUCUGCUGGGCCCCGGGAGGCCCUGAGCCAGCUCCGGGAGCUUUGCCAUCAGUGGCUGAGGCCGGAGGUGAACACCAAGGAGCAGAUCCUGGAGCUGCUGGUGCUGGAGCAGUUCCUGGCCAUCCUGCCUGAUGAGCUGCAGGCCUGGCUACGAGAGCACCGGCCUGAAAAUGGAGAGGAGGCCGUCACUCUGCUGGAGGAGCUGGAGAAGGAGCUUGAUGAGCCAAGACAACAGGGUUUUUUCCUUCUGUAUCCUCAGAAUCAUAGUGCUGGUACUUGAUUACUCCUAGGACAC